AUGUCCUUUAGAGCCCUAGCAUCAAAGCCUCCCAAGGGCUCCGUCUCCAUGGACCCAAACUGUGCUAUAUGCCAUGCCCCGGCAACCUUGGCUUGUGAAUGUGAAGCCCGAGGUCUGGAGAUGGCCAUUCGCCAAGCCGAAGACCACAUGAUGAGAUCGGUAUACAACGAUAUACGUUCUUGGGUUCGGGGUCAUGCUCAGGACUACGUCUUGGAGUAUUUUCGUCUGCUUACUGAGAGACGAAAAAACGCCCACACCACGCACUUGGAUCAGAUUACUGCUCAUUCCUUCUACCAUUAUAAUGCACCUCCUCAUCCAAACCAAAUCGCCGAGGCUCAAGGGGCACUUAAGCGUGGCAUAGAUGAAGAUUGGCAAGCAAGUGUCCAAAGAUACCCCGAAGUUCUCGAAUACUUCUACGGACUUGUGGAAUUAUCCUUGCCGGCAGAUGAUGAACCUGCCGUCAAAGAUCCACCUCUGAGUGCUCUGAAUGGACACCGGAAGGCCACGCGCCGCAGUCUUGAAGGGAGCACAAGCACCAGCAGCGAGGGCCGGCGAGCGCCCCCGGCGUUAUCUGGCGCGCCAUUCCUACCGACAUCGUAUUCAGGUCGAGAUUUGGCAUUGGACCGCCGAGGUUCCCAGCCACCGGCUCGACGACCAUCUACUACUGCGCACCUGCCACCUGUGCCAUCAUCCUACUACGGGGGAUUCCGGUGA